GGAAAGGAAACAAUGACGACAAAACUUCUCAGGGAAGCGGUGGAUCUAAGGAUGACGAGAAGAAGGAUGGGGCCAACGGAGGAGCGGCCAAGCCCGGGAGUGCUGGGGCCACUCGGGAGGCAGCGAUGCGGGUGUUGCAGCUCUGCCAGAAGGGCGAGUGGCCACCCAUGGACCAAGUACUCAAGGGGCUGGAGAAGACCGUGGCUGCCGGGGGAGAAGACGUCAAUCCCUCACCACUGGCUGGGAUCAUGGAUCCGGCCACCGGGAUGACGCCAUUGAUGUUCGCUGUGAAGGAGAAUCGAACGUCGUUCGUGGACCGCAUGAUCGAGCUGGGCUGUGACAUCACUGCCAGGAACAAUGACAACUACAAUGCGCUGCACAUCUCGUCCAUGUUCUCCAGGGAAGAUGUUGUCAAAGUUCUUCUCAACAAGAAGGGGGUGGACGUCUACGCUCCGGGAGGGGCCAGACAGCAAACAGCAGUACACUUGGUGGCUAGCAGACAAACGGGCACCGCCACCUCCAUACUGCGAGUGCUACUGGCGGCCGCGGGCAAGGAGAUCAGGAUGCGGGCUGACUCGAAAGGGAAGAUACCUCUGCUGCUUGCUGUCGAGGCGGGGAACCAGUCUAUGUGCAGAGAACUGCUGAGUCAGCAAACAGCUGAUCAGUUGAAGGCGACCACAGACAACGGCGACACCGCGCUUCAUCUGGCUGCCAGGAGGAGGGAUGUGGACAUGGUGCGCAUCCUGGUGGACUACGGGGCCAAUGUGGACUCGCAAAAUUCGGAAGGGCAGACAGCUCUACACAUUGCCUCUGCCGAAGGUGAUGAAACUCUAGUCAAGUAUUUCUACGGGGUCCGUGCCAGUGCUUCCAUUAUUGAUAAUCAAGAUCGGACCCCAAUGCACCUUGCGGCAGAGAACGGCCAUGCUUCCAUCAUAGAGCUGCUGGCAGACAAGUUCAAGGCUUCCAUCUUCGAGCGGACCAAGGAUGGCAGCACGCUCAUGCAUAUAGCCUCUCUCAACGGCCAUGCUGACUGUGCCAUGAUGCUGUUCAAAAAGGGUGUCUACCUUCAUAUGCCUAACAAGAACGGUGCUCGCAGCAUACACACAGCAGCAAGGUACGGCCAUGUUGGAAUCAUCAACACACUUCUACAAAAGGGGGAGAAAGUUGACGUCACUACUUCGGACAAUUACACCCCUUUGCACAUUGCUGUGGAGUCUUGCAAACCCGCAGUUGUGGAGACCUUGCUGGGUUAUGGGGCUGAUGUUCAUAUAAGAGGUGGCAAAAACAAGGAGACCCCGUUACACAUAGCCUCAAGAGUGAAAGACGGAGAGAAGUGUGGGUUGAUGCUGCUCAAGUCAGGAGCUGGACCUAACCUAGCCACAGAAGACGGACAGACUCCCGUACAUGUAGCAGCAAGCAACGGAAACCUGGCCACUCUGCUUCUACUGCUGGAGGAUGGCGGAGACCCUAUGUUUAAAUCCAAGAAGGGAGAGACGCCUCUACAUCUAGCAUGUGCCAACUGUCACGCUGACAUAGCCAAGCAUCUCCUAGACUUUGUGAAAGCCAAUAACAGUACAGAGGUAUCGACUGGGUUUGCAAACACCGUAAAUGAAGAUGGCGCAUCAGCGCUACACUACGCGGGACAGGUGACGAAGGCUGAAAUUGCUCACAGAGAGAAUCCACUGGAAGAUAAGGAAGUUGUGAGAUUGUUACUGGAAGCUGGAGGAGAUGUUAACAUUCAAACACAUAAGAUGAUGGAGUCAGCCUUCCACUACAUCGCAGUGACUGGCAACAACGACACCCUGCUGGAGAUGCUGGCCCACAUGAGCUCUACGGAGGCUCAGAAGGCAUUGAACCGACAGAAUGUGAUGGGCUGGACUCCCCUGUUGAUAGCAUGUCAUCACGGACACACAGAUAUGGUUAAUACUCUGCUGGCCAAUCAUGCGAGAGUGGACGUGUUCGAUAUUGAGGGGAGGUCUGCGCUGCAUCUUGCUGCAGAACAGGGCUACCAACAGGUCUGUGACGCUUUACUGACCAACAAAGCUUUCAUCAACAGCAAGUCCAGAGUUGGAAGAACAGCUCUACACUUGGCAGCCAUGAAGGGAUUUGCAAACCUCUGCAAGUUCCUGAUCCAAGACCACAACGCCAUGAUAGAUGUGUUGACACUCCGCAAGCAGACCCCUCUACACCUUGCAGCUGCGGCUGGUCAGCUGGAAGUCUGUCGCCUGCUGCUGGAGCUUGGUGCCUCCAUAGACGCUACAGACGACCAGGGACAGAAGCCUAUACAUGUGGCUGCACAGAACAACUUUCCUGAGGUCGCCCAACUAUUCCUUCAACAGCAUCCUAGCUUGGUGAUGGCCAGCACUAAGGAUGGCAACACAUGUGCCCACAUAGCAGCCAUGCAGGGUUCAGUUCGUGUGAUCGAGGAGCUGAUGAAGUUUGACCGCACAGGUGUCAUAUCUGCCCGCAACCGAGUCACAGAGGCGACUCCGCUACAACUGGCAGCUGAGGGCGGACACGCUGAUGUGGUCAAAGUGUUGGUGCGAGCUGGAGCUUCCUGUACUGACGAGAAUAAGGCCGGAUUCACCGCAGUCCAUCUUGCAGCACAGAACGGCCACGGCCAAGUUUUAGAAGUUAUGAAGUCUUCCCAAUCUCUACGUGUUUCUAGUAAAAAGCUCGGAGUCACGGCUCUUCAUGUGGCAGCUUACUUUGGCCAAGCAGACACUGUUCGAGAGCUUCUAGCGAGUGUUCCGGCCACAGUCAAGUCAGAUCCGCCAACCGGAGCUAGUCUUGUGGGCGAACUGGGUAACGAGUCAGGGAUGACUCCAUUACACUUUGCCGCAUACUCCGGCAACGAGAACGUCGUCAGGCUGCUUCUAAACUCUGUCGGGGUGCAAGUGGACGCAGCCACCACUGAGAAUGGCUACAACCCGUUGCAUUUGGCUUGUUUUGGUGGUCACAUCACAGUUGUGGGGCUGCUGUUGAGUAGAUCCUCGGAUCUUCUACACUCCUCUGAUAAGCACGGAAAGACAGGACUCCAUGUUGCAGCAACCCAUGGCCACUACCAGAUGGUGGAGGUGCUGCUGGGACAAGGGGCGGAGAUAAAUGCUACGGAUAAGAACGGAUGGACGGCGUUGCACUGUGCUGCCCGCGCCGGCUGUUUUGAUGUAGUUAGGUUGUUGGUUGAGUCUGGUGCAUCUCCCAAGUCAGAGACCAACUACGGGUCUGCUCCAAUCUGGUUCGCUGCCUCCGAAGGUCACAAUGACGUCCUGGAGUAUCUGCUGACCAAGGAACACGACACGUACAACCUCAUGGAGGAUAGAAGGUUUGUGUAUAACCUCAUGGUGUGCAGCAAGAAGCACAAUGAUAAGCCAAUGCAGGAAUUCAUCCUUGUGUCUCCAGCACCUGUGGACACAGCAGCUAAAUUGUCAGCCAUAUAUAUACAACUGUCUAGCAAGGAAAAAGAGCGAGCCAAAGAUCUAAUUUCGGCAGGUCAGUUCUGCGAGGGGAUGGCUACAGAGUUGUUAGCUCUUGCGGCCGGCGCAGACUCUGCAGGUAGAAUACUCACAGCUACAGACCGUAGAAACAUGGAGUUUCUGGACGUACUCAUUGAGAAUGAACAGAAGGAAGUCAUCGCACAUACUGUGGUCCAGAGAUACUUGCAGGAACUGUGGCAAGGGAGUCUCGGUUGGGCAGCAUGGAAGACGAUGCUCCUCUUCAUCACGUUCAUCAUUUGUCCUCCGGUCUGGAUCUACUUCACUCUCUCCCUCGGCCACAAGUACAACAAGAUCCCUAUCAUCAAGUUCAUGUCCUACCUCACGUCUCACAUCUACCUGAUGAUCCUGCUGAUGUUGGUUGGCAUCACACCUAUCUACCAGGUGGUGAGAUCUACUCUCAACCCGUACUGGUACGAGUGGGCACUGCUAGUGUGGCUAUCAGGGCUGUUGUUAUCCGAACUGACCAACCCGAGUGAUAAAACUGGCCUCGGCUGGAUCAAAGUGACAGUGUUACUGUUCGGAAUAUUCGGCGUAGCUUUGCAUCUAGUUGGCUACUUAAUAGAGAGACUUUACUGGCCAACGCUGAUGUACCUGAGAAAUCAGCUGUUUGCGUUGUCGUUCCUCUUAGCUUGUGUACAGAUUUUAGACUUUUUAUCGUUUCAUUACCUGUUCGGUCCUUGGGCCAUCAUUAUCGGUAAUCUGAUGAAAGACUUGGCCAGGUUUCUAGCCGUGCUGGCGAUUUUCAUUUUCGGUUUCGCUAUGCAUAUCGUCGCGCUGAAUCAACCGUUCAAGAAUCAAACUCCAGAGGAGAUCAGAGCGGGGCAGCACAACCACAAGUAUGUUCCUCCAACGUACGGUUACUUCGCUGAGGUGCGACUGAACCCAAUGUCUGCCCUGGAGUUCCUGUUCUUUGCUGUAUUUGGUCAGACAACGCCAGACAACUUGAAGACAAAAGACACGACACAGCCGGAGUGGACGUUGUACUUGUUCAAAUUUGUGUUUGGUAUCUACAUGUUGGUGUCGGUGGUUGUACUCAUCAAUCUACUGAUUGCUAUGAUGAGUGACACUUACCAGAGAAUCCAGGCACAAUCUGACAUUGAAUGGAAGUAUGGUCUGGCGAAGCUGAUUCGUAAUAUGCACAGAACCACAACCACUCCUUCCCCCAUCAACCUCAUCACAACUUGGCUCAUGUAUCUCCUCAGAAUAUGUAAGCGAAGAAUGAUGCAGAGGAAGAGGCCAAGUUUGGUGCAGAUGAUGGGGCUACAGUCACGCUCUCGAGUCAGCGCAAGAUCCAAAAUGGGCGCCAAGUGGUUGGCCAAAGUCAAAAAGGGACAGGUGGCGCCGAAAGGUAGAGAAUCCGUAGCGUUGAGUGUGGUUCACCUCAGCCCUCUUGGAUCUCAGUUGAGUUUCAGUAACGCUGCGACAAGGAUAGAAAACAUCAUUGAUUGGGAAAUGAUCGCGAAUAAAUACCGAGCUCUUAUUGGUGAGCUGAAUGAAUCCAACCAAUCAGGGGGCGACAACGGAGAACCAGCUAAUGCUUCCGGAGACUCUACAGCUCCAGCAAUGACCAAUCAGAGCUAAGAACCAACAUGUUGCAUAGAGUAUGAAGUUUAGUGACCAAUGAGUAAUGGAUUCAUUGUGAAAGGGUGUCUGUGGUAUUUUGAUUUGAACAAAGACAACACCCGCUGUAACCAUUAUAGUAUGUCUACUGUCUUUCAAUUGUGAUGCUGGAACAAAAACAAUCGCUGGAAAAAAGCUGUAAACUUAUAUUUGCUGCUAAAUGUGUGUAUAAUUCAUACACCAGGGUUCAAUAUAAAUUAAAAAGCAUCAGCCUUUUUUUAAUUGAAUUUUUGGAUUCAUCUUAAAAAUUAAAACAUUGGAUGGAGGGAUAUGUAUUGAAACGUCUUUACUUUGAAAUUCUUUAUAGGCAAAGUUUUUUGAGCGCUUAGCUAUAAGACGAAUCUGUAUGCCUAUGACUAAAGAAUUAAUUGGUCUUUUGAAUGGAAAUUUCAGUUUAGACUGUUUACUCAUUCAAUACAAUUUGUGAAUUUUUAUUCGGGAAGCCCUCAGAGCCUGUUCCAAGACUUAAACCG